AAUUAAACAUCCUCAGCUCAUGCCACACACCAAAGUGAGUUGACAAUGUCACUAAAGUCAGCAAUAACAAGCUAAGUACGGUAAUCGGGCAUCCUCUCGUCUCCUAUCCGACCAUGCUAUGUAAACAAAGUGCAAGCAAAGGAAAAGUAGUCCAGUCCAGUCCAGUCCAGUCCAGUCCAGUCCAGCCCGAGUUCCUUUCACCCCCUACGUCCCUCCCUGCACUUCGGAAAAACUCGAACCAAACUUAUGCAGAUAAUACAUUUACAAGUACGUAAUGGAUGGCUUUCCCGAAACUUCGCAGCAAAUACAAAUCGGUAUCUUUGACGCCAUUUCUAAACCCUUAUAUCAACAUCUUUUUUCUUUUUUGUCUUCCUUUCUCCUUUCCUUUUUAGCCUCCAAUUGCGACUUGAAGAGAGGUUCGAUUGAUGUCUUGCAAACAAUCGAGAUGGCUUAUGGCCGCCGAUCUUCUUCCCUUAUUCGAGCGAUUAAGAACC